AGGAUAUCCAACAUGGCGGCCAGCGGAGGCAGCGCUAGGACUGGGGCGAACAUGGACAAGAGCAUCACCCUCCCGCCCGACGAGAUCUUCCGCAACCUAGAGAACGCCAAGCGGUUUGCUAUCGAUAUCGGUGGAUCCCUCACAAAGUUGGCUUAUUAUUCCACUGUCCAGCAUAAAGUAGCCAAAGUCAGGUCGUUUGAUCACACAGGAAAGGAUGCAGACCAUGAUUCGUUGUAUGAAAUAUCCGAACAAGAGGAGAUCACAGCUCGACUCCACUUCAUUAAAUUUGAAAACACUUACAUAGAGACCUGUCUGGACUUUAUCAAAGACCAUCUAGUGAAUACAGAGACAAAGGUUAUCAAGGCAACAGGCGGAGGAGCCUACAAAUUCAAAGACCUCAUUGAAAAGAAAUUAGGAUUAAAUGUGGACAAAGAAGACGAAAUAACAUGUCUCAUAAAGGGGUGCAAUUUUGUUCUAAAGAACAUACCACAUGAAGCGUUUGUCUACGUGAAACACGGGGAUCCCGAAUUUCGAUUCCAGAACACCCACCCUAACAUUUUUCCAUACUUACUUGUUAAUAUUGGCUCAGGGGUUUCAAUUAUCAAGGUAGAAACCGAGGACAAAUUUGAACGCAUCGGUGGAAGUUCUAUAGGUGGUGGAACCUUCUGGGGGCUUGGAGCUCUGCUCACAAAGACCAAGAGAUUUGAUGAAUUGUUACAGCUCGCUGCUAAGGGACAACACACAAAUGUGGAUAUGUUGGUGAAAGAUAUAUAUGGAGGGGCUUACCAAAUCCUGGGAUUAACUGGAAACCUCAUAGCAAGCAGCUUUGGCAAGUCUGCCACUGCAGACAAAGAAUUUUCCAAAGAGGACAUGGCAAAGAGCUUAUUGCACAUGAUCAGCAAUGACAUUGGUCAGCUGGCCUGUCUGUAUGCCAAACAACAUAACUUGUCCCAAGUCUACUUCGGAGGUUUCUUUAUCCGAGGCCACCCUGUUACAAUGCAUACCAUCACCUACAGUAUCAACUUCUUCUCCAAGGGAGAGGUUCAGGCACUUUUUCUUAGGCAUGAAGGCUAUCUGGGUGCAAUUGGGGCAUUUUUGAAAGGAGCAGAGCAAGACAAUCCUAACCUUUAUAGCUGGGGAGAAAAUUACGCUGGGAGUUCUGGUCUCAUGAGCACAUCCCCAGACAUCUACCCUAUGCAGCGCUCUCGAAGCGGAACGUUCGACAUGCUGGAGAUGGAUCGCUUGGAGAGACUGGUAGUGAAUCUUCCGUUACUCUACGACCCAACCUCUUAUAUCCCCGAUACAGUGGAUCUAACAGAGGAUUCUAUGGCAAGAGAGUACUGGCUAUCAUGCUUUGAGGAAGCUUUGGAAGGGGUGGCGAAAAGAGCUGUUGCCAGUCAGCCUGAUGCAAAGGACGCACCAGAUCGAGCAGAGAAGUUCCAGCAGAAGUACUGGAACAAGCUACAGACACUGCGACACCAGCCCUUUGCCUAUGGUUCACUAACAGUCCGCAGUUUGUUGGAUACACGGGAACACUGCUUAAAUGAAUUUGAUUUUCCAGAUCCCUAUUCAAAGGUAAAGCAAAAAGAAAAUGAUUUUGCCUUAAAAUGUUAUCAGAGCGUUAUCAAAUCUUUGGAUGCACUGGGCUGGGAAGAGAAGCAGUUUGCGUUGGUGAAGGGACUUCUGGCAGGCAAUGUCUUUGACUGGGGAGCCAAAGCAGUUUCUGUAGUCCUGGAAUCUGAUCAGCAGUUUGGAUUUGAAGCAGCAAAAAAGAAGUUACAAGCACGACCUUGGCUGGUAGACACCUAUUGUAAAUGGAUAGAGCGACUAAAGGGUCCUCCUCAUAAUUGUGCCUUAAUAUUUGUGGACAACAGCGGCAUAGAUAUUAUUUUGGGGAUAUUUCCAUUUGUCAGAGAGCUUCUUUCCAGGGGUACUGAGGUGAUUUUGGCCUGUAACUCCGGGCCUGCUCUAAAUGAUGUAACGUUCAAUGAAUCUCUAAUAGUCGCUGAACGCAUUGCUGCAAUCGAUUCAAAAAUACAGUCCGCUUUACAGGAAGACAAAUUAAUAUUGGUUCAAACAGGCACCAGCUCUCCUUGCUUAGACCUCAGCCGCUUGGACAAAGGCCUUGCCAUGCUUGUUAAAGAAAGAAACACUGAUCUGGUCAUCAUAGAAGGCAUGGGUCGAGCCAUCCACACGAAUUACUACGCAGCCUUCCAGUGCGAGAGCUUGAAACUGGCUGUUAUCAAGAAUUCCUGGCUUGCCGAGAGACUGGGUGGAAAACUUUUUAGUGUGGUAUUCAAAUAUGAAACUCCUCCUAAGUGAGGACACUACCAGCUCUUAAAGAUCCAUUUCUCGCACAUUUUAUUCAUUGAUUGUAAAAAAACCAAAACCAAACCACACAUAUAUAUAUAUAUAAAUAUAUAUUAUAAAUUUUUAUUACAAGGGGUGGGACGUUAAACUUGCUGUAUUUAUAUUGUGCUUUUGUGCAAAUUUAAAAAGGGCACUGUGCGGCAGUAUAAAUAUAUAAAUAAAUUUAAAUUAUAUAUACAUUA